AUGUACGACUCGCAGGCCGACGUGAACGUGGCCUGCGCUUUCACCACGACAUCAGCUGCCACCUUGUUCAUCCUGACCAGCUCCAGCAGCUCAGAGAUGCAAUCCAUCAGCGCCAGAAGCUCAGUUCUGAUGUCCAGUAGGGCAAGGCCUCGAGGAUACUCGGCAACACGGUCAGGUCCGGGUGCAGCCAAGAUCGCGACCAAUGAACCGCCCGUGCCAGACGUAGUUUUUGAUUCUUCGUGCCAUCUCGGUUACAAUAGCUGGGGUAGGACAGGCAUGUCUUGCAAAAUAGAGCAUUUUCGCUACCCGGAGCUCGAAUCGGCCUGCCUCUGA